GCUAAUCUCAUCAGGCUACUGUCAUAUGGCGGCACAGUCAUAAAAGCGCCAUUUGCCAUUGGAGGUUCUGGCUCCAGUUACUUGUAUGGAUUCUUUGAUCAAGCAUGGAGAGAAGGAAUGACCAAGGACGAAGCGGAGGUGCUGAUCUCCGGAAGGGAAUAGCCAGAGGCUCCUCUUUCCCCUGCAAUGGAUGCUGUAAUAAGAGUAUUCAAAUGUGUCGCUGGAUUAUCUAAGAGUGCAGGCACGGCAGAGUUGUUUGGUGCUGCUGGAGUUGUAUUCUGUUCCAUCCGUUUGUUGGUAGCAUCCACACAAGGGAUUAAUUUAAUUGGAAAACAAGGAUCAUUAAUCAAAUCUAUACAGGAGAGUACCGCUGCUUCUGUGCGAGUAUUGUCUGGAGAAGAGGUUCCAUUCUAUGUUGCCGCUGAUGAGAGGAUUAUUGAAAUGCAGGGAGAAACCUUAAAGGUGCUCAAAGCUCUAGAAGCAGUAGUGUCUCACCUGAGGAAGUUUUUGGUUGAUCAUAGUGUUCUUCCUCUUUUUGAGAAAAUUUACACUGCUCCAGUUUCUCAAGAACGCCAACCAGAUCCCUGGGCUGACAAGUCGUUGCUUCAUACUGCAACUCAAACUGGAGGUGGCACUAAUUAUCCUCUCACAGCUACACGGGAAUCUUUGUUUCUCAGCCGUGAGUCGCAAUUGGAAUCACAACUCCCAUCCUCUGGACUUUCCAUUUAUGGACAAGAGGCUUCUCUUUCUUCAAUACAUUCUUCAGGACUUGGCCGUCCUAGUGCUCCUAUUGUUACUCAGAUUACGCAAACAAUGCAAAUUCCUCUGUCUUAUGCUGAGGACAUUAUUGGGGUUGAAGGAAGGAGUAUUGAAUUUAUUUGUCGUAGUAGUGGAGCCUUGUUAACUGUACAAGAGAGCAGGGGACUACCUGAUGAAAUUACAGUGGAAAUAAAAGGCACCUCAUCACAGGUUCAAGCGGCUCAACAACUGAUUCAGGAAGUUAUAGCAACCAGCAACAAGGAUCAAAUUCCAAGCAGCUAUGGCAGGAUGGAUACCGGAUUGAGGUCAUCCUACUCUCAGUUAGAUUCUAUAUCUUACCCUUCCUCUUCAGUAUCCUCGCUACCUUAAUUGGAGGGAUUAGCUUGGUAGAAAUGCCAGAGCGUAGCAAGAAAAAGUUGAUGGCUUUGACCACUAAUGUGAUGAGAUAUGAUAGUGAUAAGGGCCUUGGAUUACAAGUUGUGAAAUAUUUGGCCGCCAAAUAUGAAGAGCUAGGGUGUGAAAGUGAAAUGGAUGGGCAAGCCUGCUAAGGUGAUCUAGUCACAUUGGUCUGGUUACCGCUGUUAACUUCACUUCAUGUGAACCUUUAGCUUAAUACAUAUUUCUCUUGCACUUGACUACCAAGAUGAAUUUUGAGCAAGGCUAGUUUUUGCUUUGAAGCAAAGUUUGGUGUUGAAAUUUUGUAGAUUGUUGCUCAUAUGUUUCUAGGCUAGCCUUUGUAGGUUUUGGGGUUUUCUUUUGUGACAUAUGUUCAAUCAUGAAUUUGGAAAGAAAAUUAAUGG